GCUCAAUCAAGAAGAAAAUAGAGCUCAAAUAAAAAGAGAACCAUUUUUGUAAAUUUAAGAAAGGGACAAGGUGCUCUAUAUAAAAGCACAGAAGUCUAGUGUGCCACUGUGCCAGCACUUUUCUUACUAAUACUCCAUCUUUGCCUUUCUUCUUCUUCCAAAUUCCUAACAAAGAAUGGAGCAGAGUAUUUUUAACAGUAGACUUCCAUGGCUUGUUCUUCUUCUUUUGAUUUCUUUCUUAGGAUCAGUUGAUGCUUACAAGAAUUACACAGUGGGUGAUUCUUUGGGUUGGUUUGAUAUUCUUGAGAAGCCUCAUGUUAACUAUGACAAAUGGGUUGCUCACAAAAAUUUCAGCCUUGGUGAUUUUCUCAUUUUUAAUACGGACAAUAAUCAUUCAGUCAUUCAGACAUACAACUUUACCACGUACAAAAAUUGUGACUACGACAAUGCUUUAGACAACGAUACUGUUCAAUGGUCAUCAGCAGAUCCAUCUUCAACUUCAACUUUUCCCGUUUCAGUAGCAGUGCCUCUCUUAAAAGUCGGACCUACUUAUUUUUUCUCCAGCGAUUAUGAUGGCGAACAAUGUGAAAACGGUCAACAUUUUAAAAUAAACGUUACGUACGGUCAAGGGUUGCCUCGAAGCCUCAAGAAUCCGUCCGAUGAUGACUCAAUGGCUCCGAUUAGUCCGAUUUCUGGUGACGAAGAAUCGGCACCGGAUACGAUAGUUCCUGCUUCUUUUGAUCAUCCACGGGAUGUGACUACUGAUGAUAGUCCUGAACCUUCAAAUUCUGUUUCACUAUCGAUAUUUUCUAAGUUUUUAGGUACUCAAUUAAAUUGGAUACUCGUUGUGCUUGCGUUAGCUUUUAGUAUUUGUUGAUUGUAGGAUUUUAAAUUUUUGAUGUUGUAUUUACCCUUCAGUUCAUACCUAUUGUACAUAGAGUAGCGCAUUGGAGGUCUUGAGACUUUUUUUUUUUUGGGAUCAUUUUAAAUUUACAAUCUCUUGAGUCGUUUUGGUUUGCGGACAAAGUUAUGCAUGUAUUAUAGUAUAGAGAUUAUUUAUACAGUGAAUAAUACUAUUGUAUAAAUUGUUAUGCGGUUGAUAAUAAUACAAGGGUGUUAUGUUGCAACAACUU